AUGGAAAAAAAUUCCAUUGCAUUUGGAAUGACAGUUACAUUAAAUUAUCUAGAUCCUUCAAAAGACAUCAAAUUGGUUCAAAACGAAGUUGUGGAGCGAAUGAAUCCAUUUCUUGAAAUGAUGCAAGUUGCGGAACAAGAAGAACGAUCUACUUAG